AUGACAGUAAAAGGAGUCAGCAUCCGCCAUCUAUGGUGUUUCUGGGUGUUCCUACUUAUAUCGGAUGCCUUUGAUUUGUCAGUACAGGGGCCUUCUAUAGCUCUAAACUUGCCCUCGAGUUUAUUCAGGCCCCACCCUGAUGAAGCUGCUGCUUUUGCCCGUUGGCUGGUCUCCCGUAGCUCCUGGGGAGUUCUCAAUACCAUUGCCAGUGAUUUAGGAGGAGCUCCAUUCGGGAAUGUAGUCUCAUUCAGUGAUGGUGAUCCAGACAAAAGCAGUGGCAUCCCAUACUUUUAUUUGACGACACUCGAUCCAACAGCAAGUUAUGCAUUGAAAGAUCAACGGUCUUCCUUCACCAUCAGUGAAUACCCUCUUGGGACAUGCGGUAGCAAGGAUCCUGAGAACCCCUCGUGUGCAAAAAUUACUCUUGUUGGAAAGUUGAAAUUAUUGGAUGGAAAUUCCAAGGAAGCUGAUUUUGCUCGAAAUGCAUUAUUCACAAAGCAUCCUGAGAUGAAAGGCUGGCCUAAGAAUCAUCAUUUCCAGUUCUUCGGUUUAGAAAUUGAUGAUAUUUUUCUCAUCAAUUGGUUUGGUGGUCCUAAACCCCUAACAGUGGAACAAUACCUGCAGAUUGACAUGAAUGAAGUCAGUCAUAGUGCUUGA